CAUGGCGGCGGCGAAACAUACAGCUAAACAAACUCAGAUGUAAAGUGAUUUAUUACAUAAUAUUCACGCGGGAACGUUCAUGUUAAAUCUGCAAAGUAUUUUAGUUUCAAUAUUAACAACAAAUUUAACGUAAAGGAAACGUGACACCGGAUAUGAACGUUAGCUUAGCUUGAAAAACUGUUAUUUACCGGGAAACACGUUAGCUACAGAAGCAUGUGGGGGGAAAUAGAACCUCCGGUGAGAACACAACAACAACAACAACAGAGUCAACGUGACAGCGAAGAAGAACGAAGCGGAUCCCCGGAAGACACGGGGACACCGACCUGGAGAUAUGACCCAAUCCGCCGAUCUGACACCGAGCUGCCGCAGGACAUCCCGUUCUCGAGUCAGGCCGAGUCCACCUGUGUGAACGCCAUGUUGGACGCGGUGGCCUCCAGCGGGCGCCUGGUGAAGAGCCAGCAGGUGGGGGAGGCCGAGCUGAGCCUGGAGCAGCGCAGACGGGAGCUGCAGCUUCAGUACACACAGAGACCCCUGGUGUUCCUGGAGAGGUAUCAUGCGUGUCUGAAGCCUCAGGAUAUGUCAGCGUUUGCCCACGUCUGCUCUGACCCACGAGCUCUGCACUACAGCGGCGUGAUCCAGAAACGAGAUGAAGAGUGGACGAACAGAACCCGGGUCAGGAACCAGCGCUACGCAGCCCUCAGGGUCCUGCAGACGGAGGGCCAGUACUUCAGUGAAGAGCAGAUGCGGAUCAGGGAGCCGCUGCUGUAUGAACAGUAUAUUGGCCAGUACCUGACUGAUGAGGAGGUGCUGGAGCGCUCCCAGGAAGCCAUGCUGGACGGUGCACCGGGGGGGGCGGGGGGACCAGGGGCCCCAGCAGGAGGUCCCGGAGGGCUGGCCCACCUCCUCCUCAACUCCUACCAGGAGCGUCUCAUCCAGAAUCGACUGCAGGAGGAGCAGGAGAGAGAGGAGGGCGCACUGGAGGAGGAUGAAGAUGACGAAGAUGAUGAUAACAGAGUCCAGGAGAAGGAGAAGGAGCCCACAGCAGAGGAGAAGACUCUGCUCAGGGAGGAGUUCAUCAGUCAGAUGCACCAGCGCUUCUUAGACGGCAAAGACAAGGAUUUCAACUACAGUGAAGUGGAUGAAAACCCGGACUACGACAACUUGGACAUUGUCAACAGAGAUGCUGAGGAAAAGUACUUUGAUGACGAUGAGGAGGAAGAGGAUGAAGAGGAUAUGAUGGACUAGCUGCUCCAGUUGUGUUUCACCUCUUGGACUGACCUGUAAAUACACAUGUACAAUAUAUGGACUCUGUUUUUCGAUGUUUCACCUGAAUGCAAACACAGCUGGUAAUAAACACAGCUUGAAGCUC